UCGAUUUGGGUCUACACAUGUGAGUUCCAUGAGUGAAAUAGUUGUUUUUGUCGUGGAAAAUUCAUAGGUUAGUUGAUCAUGGAUGCCUUUGAUUUGUUUAAACAAUUGUCGGCAGGUGCUAAAUUCGAUAAGAAAAAGUUUAAGAAGGAUACUCAGUGCUUCCAGUUUGGGAACAAAUUAGAAAAGAAUGUACCCAUCACGAGCAUUAAAACCGAACCACUGGACGAUAUUUCCUCAUCAAGAAAACGAAAAGCAAUAGAGGAAGAUUCUGAAGAUGAUUUCACUCCUGUCGACACAUCCAAUGAUCCCUCAUCCUCAAAAGGCCAAACUUUGACCCUUCUAAAUGGACUUUCCACGACCACAGAUGGUCUUAAGACUUCCAAAAAGAAAAAUGUGACCCCAGAGGAGAGGGAGUCCCAGCAACACCAGGAGAAAAUCAACCAGUUCAGGAACUCUAACAAAAUCUCCGUCGUUGGACGGCGAGUUCCUGACCCCAUAGUAUCAUUCGAAGACCUAGCUCGCCAUGGAGUUCGAGCUGAUUUGGUCGAGAAUUUGGGGCAAUGCGGAUACAAGGAGCCCACCCCCAUUCAGAUGCAAGCCAUGCCGAUUCUCUUGGAGAACCGUCAAGUGCUCGCCUGUGCUCCAACCGGAUCUGGAAAGACAGCAGCAUUUCUCCUGCCCAUAAUCCACCACUUGGAAGGCCCACGAAAGCUGGGAUUUCGCGCGAUAAUCCUCAGCCCAACCAGGGAACUAGCAAAACAAACGUAUCGAGAAUGCAUGAGGCUGUCAGAGGGACGUGGCUUUCGCGUCCACAUCAUCAGUAAAAUCAAACAGGCCCUGGAUAAAUAUGGCCCCAAGAGUUCCCAGAAAUUCGACAUUCUCAUAACAACGCCAAAGAGAUUGAUCUACCUGUUGAAUCAAGAUCCACCUGCCAUCAAUCUCUCAAACGUGGAGUUCCUGAUUAUCGAUGAGGCUGACAAGCUGUUCGAGGAAGGCACAAGGGGCUUCAGGGACCAGCUGGAGCAGAUAUCGAAUGCCUGCACCAAUGAGAGACUCAAGAGAGCCAUGUUCAGUGCGACAAACACACCAGUUGUCACCAAGUGGUGCAGGCACAAUCUCAAGGGUCUGAUAAAUGUUACCAUUGGCCAUAGGAAUGCAGCAACUGAUCUUGUUGAGCAGGAGCUGACGUUCGUGGGUAGCGAGAGGGGAAAAUUGGUGGCGUUUAGGAAUAUCAUCUCCGGGGGCCUCUCUCCACCUGUUCUGGUGUUCGUACAGAGCAAGGAGAGGGCGCAGGAGCUGUUCAACGAGCUGAUUUACGAUGGGAUCAAUGUGGAUGUCAUUCAUGCUGACAGGACGCAGACACAGAGGGACAAUGUCGUGAGGUGCUUCAGGGAGGGAAGGAUAUGGGUGCUCAUCUGCACGGAGCUCAUGAGUCGAGGUAUCGAUUUCAAGGGUGUCAAUCUCGUCAUCAAUUACGAUUUCCCACCGUCGGCAAUAUCAUACAUUCACAGGAUUGGGAGGACGGGACGAGCUGGACAUAGGGGAAAAGCCAUAACAUUCUUCACUGAGAGUGAUACUGCUAAUUUGAGGAGCAUCGCAGCUAUCAUGAGGGACUCUGGGUGUCAAGUCCCGGAGUACAUGUUAGCUAUGAAGAAGCAUAGCAAGAGGGACAGGAAGAAGAUGGAGAGGGAAGCACCCAAGCGCGAUUCCAUAUCCACUAUUCCUAAAUUUAGGAGAAGGAAUAAUAGUGAGAAAAAUGCAAAACCACCCGCGAAACAACAUCCGAAGAGUUCGAGUAAAGUGAAUAAAUCUGAGAACAAGAAACAAGUGCCUAAAGUAAACAAGAAAUUAUCUAAAAAUAUUCAUAAAUCGAAUAAUGCGAAAGGUGUAAAGAAACCUGGAGUCAAAACACGUAAGCCCCAAUAAAAUAAAAUUUUAUUUUA